GUUGAGAAGUCUUUUUGGAGUGAAAGAGAAUGUCAGAGAUUGUGAACUUGUCUCCUUCUCUGAGAUCUUUAAACACAAAGAACUCACCUUUGGUUCCUCCUCGUCGAGUCUCGAGCUCGUAUUAUCAAUUAAAGUUUCUAUCUUUUCCCGGGGAGAUCAGUUUGGUAACGGGGAGAAUCCAAGCAAUCGAUGCCCGGAAGCAAGAGGUGGAUGACUCGCCGGUCUCGGUCGAGCUCGGUCCGAUAAGUAGCGAGAGCCACUUCGAUGAGGUGAUGGAGGAAGCUCAGAGGGUCGGUGAAUCAGUUGUGAUCGUCUGGAUGGCAGCUUGGUGCAGGAAAUGUAUAUACUUGAGGCCCAAACUCGAAAAGCUCGCUGCUGAGUUCUACCCAAGACUGCGGUUUUAUCAUGUUGAUGUCAACGCUGUGCCAUACAAACUUGUGUCUCGUGCAGGAGUUACGAAAAUGCCAACGAUACAGCUAUGGAGAGAUAACCAGAAACAAGCUGAAGUUAUCGGUGGCCACAAAGCCCAUUUUGUGGUUAACGAAGUGCGGGAGAUGAUAGAGAACGAUUCAAUCACUUGAAACUUAACAGUCUCAAGACUCUGCUCUCUCUCUCUCUCUUUUUUUCCCCUCUGAUUGUUUUUAGUUUUGGGAGUCAUCCUGGUUUUGAAAGACACAAUGGUAGUAGAUUUGUCGCACGUUGCAAUAUCAAACGCUUUUGGCAUCAUCUUCCUUUUUGUUACAUGUAAUUAACUACUGUAGUUACACACUGUAACCUUCCUUUUAUCGAUUUAUUCCAACAUAUAUAAAAAGUACAGCUUUUCAACA